UGCCGCCCGAGAGGCAGAGAGGGAGCCGGAGCUGCCGUCGCCGCCUCCGGAGCUUCGUCCACUGCCGCCGCCGCUGAAGCCUCCCGACCAUGUCGUCUCCGCUGGUAGAGCAGCCGCCGCCGCUGCCCAACAACAACAACAACAACGAGGGCGAGCAGCCGCUGGCCCCGCCCGCGGGCCUCAACAGUUCCUGGGUGGAGCUCCAGAUGAACGGCAACGGCAAUGAUGGGAAUGGAAAUGGGAAAAAUGGGGGUCUGGAGCACGUUCCCUCUUCGUCCUCCAUUCACAACGGAGACAUGGAGAAGAUUCUCCUAGACGCCCAGCAUGAGUCAGGCCAGAGCAGCUCCAGAGGCAGUUCUCACUGUGACAGCCCUUCCCCACAAGAAGAUGGUCAGAUAAUGUUUGAUGUGGACAUGCACACCAGCAGGGACCAUAGCUCUCAGUCUGAAGAAGAAGCUGCAGAAGGAGAAAAGGGAGUGGAAGCUUUGCAGAAAAGUGUGGCCUGGGUAUCGGACUGGUCCAGUCGGCCUGAGAACAUCCCCCCCAAGGAAUUCCACUUCCGGCACCCUAAACGUUCCGUUUCUUUAAGUAUGAGGAAAAGUGGCGCCAUGAAGAAAGGGGGCAUUUUCUCUGCAGAAUUUCUUAAAGUGUUCAUUCCAUCGCUGUUCAUCUCUCAUGUUUUGGCUUUGGGACUAGGCAUCUAUAUUGGAAAACGACUGAGUUCCCCGUCUGCUAGCACCUACUGAGGGAGAGGAGAGCCCUGGACGUGCGUGUGCCCUGUGAAGCGCUAUCCCUGUCACGUUAGUGUAUUUGAACUUGAGACCAUUCUAAGCAUGCCCCAGUCCUCGCCCCUCUUUUUACAUAUCCACGUUCCAGCUCCUCUUGGGAUUCAGUAUUUUAUUCAAACUCUUGGGAGGCAUUUUCAUGACCUCAUUCCCUCUUUGGCCUGUAAGACCCUCAGAGUUUCCUCACAGAGUUUACCGUUGUCUAGAAAUUUGCAAUGUCUUCUUUUCAACGCAGAUGCCACCAGCAAGUGAUUUUUUUCCAUAGCCCUGUUUGUUGCCUCCUUUUCAAUCCCACCUGAGUUAGAGCUGCAGCAUCCCCAUAGAAAUAUUGACUGCUUUAGGACAACGACCAUCACUCUUUUAAAAAAGAAAGCAGGUUAGCAAGUACCCUACCAAACCUUGGUUUUUCAAGACAAAGACAAGCUCUCGUAAGCUCACAAUUUAUAGUUAUAACAAAAACAAGAAAAAGAAACACAAAAAAAGUAGUCUGUGGCAAUAAAAAAAUGUAUUUCAAACCAGCUUUGGGGCCAUUUUCUCUCCGAGCCUCCUGGUGUUGACUGGCACGUUGGAAAUUUGCAGGAGGCUGGCUGCACAAAUAAAUGAUGGGGACUAAGCAGGGUAAGCCCUGAAGUACUGACGACUAGUGUGUUAUCAGAAUGUUGGCUUUUCCAUGAUGCAGAGCCCUUACUUCUUUUAGACAGGGUCUCAGGCCUAGACAAGAGAAGAAAGAUGGCAUUUGGGACUUUGGGUGUUGGGAUUUUUUCCUGCUAUGUGUGAAUUUGUUUUCGUUUUUCAUCUCUUUCCUUAAAGGAUUGUUUCCCCCCUUUUUUUCCCCCUAAAGAGAAGCUGUUGAAUGACUUCUAAUGUGUUUGGUGCGUUUACAGGCUUCUUGUUUUUGGAAAUUUCAUUUCUUCUGGAACCCUUUAAAGACGCCGUUGGGCCUCCAGAGCUAUUCCAAGUACUGAGGGCUGUUUCUGUGGAAUGGUCCUGGGGUUGGGGAGCAGUUGACCAAGUCCUGAAAUGAUGUCCCUUUUGGUGUUCUUCCAGAGCUCUCACUUGUUACUGUUUACUGUACAAUCUUCCCUAGGGCAAUGCCAGGGACCCUCAAGCAGGAUCCCCCCAAGGCAUCCUGCUCUAGGUUAUUGAACUCAUCGUUUGGGGAACACAGCCGCUCCUUCAGUGACACUUUCCUUCUUCAAAAUGUGAAGCUUUAGUACCAAAUUGUUAGGAAGCAUCAGGAUUUCCAGUGUCCUCAAGUAGGUUUUAUUGGAUUUCAGAACAUGUAGCAUGACUCUGAAGGAUACUACUAUAUGUUUGAUAUAUACAUAAUUACUGUUUAUGAUGUAGAUUUUAAUAUUGGCUAUUUAGAGAACCAUCGUUAACUUUGAAAACUAGCGAUUUGCUCGUUUAAUUAGUGCAUUAGGUUGAUGUGAGUAAAAUACUAAGACAGCCAGUUUGGCCAGUUUGCAGAAACUGUUCCAUCAAACUGUUUUUUUCUGCAUCACAUUUUAUAAAAUGGAUGUGUUAUGGCAGGAAUGAACAGACAGUCCAAACACAGAAUUUAAUUCUUAACUGACUUGUUUGUAUUAGUAAAACUGGCCGUGACAAGUAUGGAAUAACUCCUUGAUUAUGCUUAAAUUUGUUUUAUCCUACCAUUUGAGAAAAUAUUGUAAGGUAUGAGCCAGGGCCCAAAUAAAAGCAACAAUGAAUUCUUUUUAGAAGUCUUUGUUAUUUCUCUUCUCCAUCUGAAUUCUGAAUGUGGUAACACUUGAUUUGCCUUCUAUAACCUAUUUAUUUCAAUUAUAUAGCUUGGAUUUCAUUUGGAGGUGAUUGAGAAGUCUGGUGAGGCUGUUGAGUGAGAUGGCAUUGAACACAUGGUUAGAAAUUCUAUAAAUGGAAAAGGCUAGUUUACUCAUAAGGACUAAUUAAUGGCACCUUGUUUUAUAUUAAAUUGGCACAGCCCUAGGGUUCGGGGAUGAGAACAUUUCUGUUUAAAAUUGGGCACAUCUUUUUAAGAGAAAUAAAUGCAUCACCCCUUUACAGGUUAAAUAGUUGGUUUUUAUCUGUUGUGUGUUUAAAACUUGAUUAUCUUUACAGCUUUUUGACCAUUGAAAAUAAAUCCAUCUCUGCCCUAUUAUUUCUCAAGUAGCUGUGAAAUCAACUGUUCAUGGAAUCUUAACUGAAAUAAAAAUGGCUAGAGCUUGUUAUCAUAAGAUGAUACAAGGCAGUAUUUAUUGAUAACCCUGCUAGAGGUUUGGGGUGGAAGUCUUGGUCCCCCAAACUUUGAGUGAACAAAAACAGAUCAAUGUGUAAUCUGAAAAGGAUUUCAACUAUUAACAGUUGAAGUUUUGUAUGUUGUUUUAAAAGCUUUAUACCUGUUUACAGUUUUGGAAAUAAAUGCAGGCUUCGUUUUUCUUAUGUUUCAUGAAAAAAACUGGCUUAAAAUAUUUGUAAAUGGGAUGAAGAGCAAAAAUGCAUAGACUCGCACAGUGCAAAGUGGAGCCAGUUAGCUUGCUGUAGCAAAGCAUUGACUGUAAAUUGAAGACCACCAUUCAGAUUCUUGCAACAAAUUGAACCAUUUGAUGAAAUGAUUGGAAUUACCUGAGCCAAAGUGAUUCUGCAUUCUUCAUCGAUUUAGUUCUUAGCACUUUGUAACAUUAUAUACAGUUUACAAUAUGUGUAUAAGCUGUAGUUAUAAACAUUUUGUGCCAUUAAAGCUCUCACAAAACUGG